AUGGACGCCUUUUUGAUGCUUCUUUGUUCUUACCGGUCCACGAAUGUCGCAUAUAAUCUGCAAUCGUCAAACACAUUUGCUGAGGUUGUCGAUUAUGUUUGUUCGAAGUUUUUCGGACUCCUGCCGGGAAAUUUCGAGUUGUUCUAUAAGAUUCCCGGCUAUAACAACUUCUCCUUACAGAAUGAUGUCGACCUGAAGAAUAUGGUUUGCCUUGCGCGCUCGUUCCAGUUGCAGUUAAUUGACGUGGUCAUUGAACAACAUCCUCGUCGGGAUGACAACAAUCCUGCCAUUGACCCAAUGAUAAUCCAAGAUCAAGGCACAACGGGGGAUGCACUACUUAAUGAUUUCGGAAUGGAUGAUGAAGUCGAUCUGCUGCAAUCAUUUUGUCCCCACAAGGAGAAUGUCUUCCUUUCCGCUCCAUGGGCAAAAGGUUUUACCCACAUUGGACAACAUUUCGAAGGUGGGGCUUCUGAAUUUCGCAAUGUACUACGGAAAUACGCCGUUGAAUGUGGGUUCCAGAUCAAAUUUCUGAAGAAUGACUCCGUUCGGGUAACGGCUAUAUGUGCUAUGAACGAAACGAAGUCUUGCACGUGGUCUGUGCACAGACGGAAAUUGGAGGCAAAUGGAUUUUUCUACUUACGAAAAUGGAACAGUGAACACAUUUGUGGCGUGGCUGUGCGUACGUCCACACACCCACUUGUUGGGUCUGAUCUUGUGGCCGACAUUGUAUCUGAAUUAUUGGAACACAACCCCGGGACCUACAUUAACAUUGAAUACGAUGAUCACACCCAACAGUUCACACACUACUUCAUUUCAUUCAAAGCAUGCAUCGACAGGUUCCACCAUUGUCGUCCCCUGCUUUUCCUAGAUGCCACGUUCCUCAAAGGCCGCUUCAAAGGUUUUCUACUUGCGGCCACUGCAAAAGACGGAAACCAAGGUUUGUUCCCGCUAUCAUAUGCAGUGGUGGAUUCCGAAAACACCUCAAACUGGUCUUGGUUUCUUCAUCAUCUCGCGCAGGUGGUUCAUGGGGACAGACCUCUAAUAUUCGUAUCGGAUCGGAACCUUGGUUUGCUUGAGGCAAUGCCCACCGUAUUUCCAAAUGCAGAACAUGCAUUCUGUCUACAACAUUUAGUUGAACAAUUCCAAAAAACGGGCCAGUCUGUUGCAUCUGAAUUCCUAGAAAAUGCACAUCCACAACAUUGGGCAAAUGCAUUUUUCAGGGGGCGACGUUAUGGCGAAAUGUGCUCAAAUGCUGCAGAAUCAUUCAAUUCAUGGGUCCGUGAGGCCCGUAACCUCCCAAUCAUAAGAAUGGUUGACAGCAUACGGACCAAAUUGAUGCGACAAAUGGCGAAACGUAGAGAAGCUUCCCAAAUGUGGACCGGCACCAUAUGUCCCAAAAUGGAAGAUCGUUUAGGAAAAGCAUUCAACGAAGGUAGAUCAUGGAAAGUGAGCCAAUCAAACGCUGAUGUGUACGAAGUGCACUUUUUUCCAUCGGACACUGUUGAUAUCGGAUAG